AUUCUAUUGAAUUUGUUAUACUUUUAUUUUUGGCCAGGAUCAAUAUAUACAGAUUUUCAAUUCUAUUCCAUAUAUUCUAAUCGCAUUUUUAUCUUAUCCACAUAUUUCUCCCAUUAUCUUUCAAAAUAUACCCUUUUAUCUCUUUACACAAUUGCUUUGAUUAUAUUUGGGGCUAUUUGUUUCUAACAUAAAUACUAGUGUCUACUACUCUACUAGUGUAUUGCUAAAAUUGAAAACAAUAGAGGGACAGAUAGACAGGUAAGAGUCAUUAUUAAUUUGAUUGGAUUGGAAUAGUCCCACUUUCUGUUAACACAAGCCAACAAACUUAAAGAUCUCACCCAACACAACCAAGAAAAAUAAAAUAAAAUAAAAUAAAAAGGUACAACCAAAAAAAUAAAGCUAAGGGGCACAAGAAUCUCAAGUCACCAAGUUUAGUUAGCUUCAAAGUGAAAGAAAUAUGAAGAAACUUCAACAUUUAAUAUUAAGAAAAUGCAAGAGUUUGUCAAGGCAACUAAAAAGAUCAUCUUCCUACACAAGUCUAAGGUCUAACUCAACUAAAGAACGUUCUAAGUAUUGCGGCGAUGAUGGUGAGACAAUCUAUGUUGGGAGCUCUAGAAGGCGGUAUAUAGUGAAUUCCAACUAUUUAACUCAUCCUUUGAUCAAUGCACUUAUCGAGAAAUCGAAGCAAAGUCGAGCUGAUGAUGGUAUCUCUAUCGAGUGUGAAGUAGUUCUUUUCGAUCACCUUCUAUGGAUGCUCGAAAAUGGUGAUCCUUGUCUUCGAAAUACCAGCUCCAAUGAGUCUUUGGAUGAACUUGUUGAUCUUUAUGUUCAAUAAUCAAAGGGCUUGUUUGGUAAAUGACGAGUUGGUUGGUCAAACAGCUAAAAAGUAUUAGUAAAUAGCUUUUAAGCCGGCUGAAGAAUUAUAAGAAAGCUUUUCAUUGAAUUUUAGAUUCUUACCUAUUGUCCCUCUUAUAACAUAUUUUCCAAAUAUCUUCACAGAAACUGGCUUAAAAAAAUAGUUCAACAGCCAAUACAUCCAGCUAGUCAAACCAAUCAACAAUCAUUUGCCAAACAAAAUCAUAAACUUAGACUAAUAGUAAUCUACUUGUGCUGAUGAAGAGGAAAUCUGAUGUCCAGGUAUGUAAUAUGGUUACUGUAUGUUCACUAAAAAUACAUAGUUUGAAAUUGUAUAGUGAGCUUUCAGAAAUUAAACUAAUAUAUUAUUUCCAUUGUAAUGUUUGAUCAUAAAAAUUCUACUAUAGUUAUUGAUCAUAAUUAUGUGACUGAUAUUCAUUUAAUUUUCUAUGAUUUAUGGUGACAUUUCUAUAAUGAAGAGAUUUGAGAACAAAUCCUGACAAGCAGAAGAUAUCUAAUCAUAGGAUUUGAAAACAAAUCCUGAUUAGUUUUAGGGUUUUGGGCAAUUAUAUUGAGAAAUGGCAAAUAAUAGUAC